UCGCGCAAACAUCCAACAACAACACACAGCCUAUAAGUUAACAUUUUGGUUUGGCCUUUUUUUUUCAUUGAAAUAUAAAAUUGUUGGGUUUUUCUGCUGAGAAUAUCAGUUUGAACGAAGUUUCUGAACCAUUAAGAUGUGGAAAUAGUUUUGGUUUUUUUUUUGCUUGUUGAAUUUUGGUUCGAUCUUUUUAUAUUUAGUUGAACUUCGAUAAGUGAUUCUAGUGACGAUAUAGUUUAGUGAAUUCAGUGUGUAAAAGACCAGAUUUCAAUUGCUCUGAAAUCAAUUGUUUAUUGUGAUAAUUUAAAGAUAAGACAAGAUGAAUGUACCACAAAGAAACCCGAUUGUGCUAGUUCUAUGCUUAGCUGUCCAAUUCCAUUAUUCUGCCGGUCAAGGACUGUCAUUGCAGGAAAUGUUGGACCAAUAUAAAAUCGAUAAUCCCACGUUCGAUCAUAUCGCUCAACCAACACAAAGUAUUGGUGUACAGGCACCAGCCUAUCCAUACGCUCCCGCUUCGAGUGAUCCGAGAUUCGAUCCCCAAAUAUCGAAUUUACUGGCAACGAAUGUAUUACAAAUGGCCCAUGACGUUGGCGAAACAUUACUGAAUACCAGGAGCGAAAGAACCGAGGUGUUUUCGCCAAUUAGCAUUUAUGGCGCGCUGAGUUUACUUCUACUUGGAUCCAGUGGUAAUACGUACCAUGAACUGUUGAGCAUAAUGGGAUUGAGUAAAGAUCAGUACCUAAUCAACAACUCCUGGAAAAUCCAUGAGGAAUUCGGACUACUCAUCGAUGAUAUCGCACAGAAUAUUCGGAAUGAUGCUCAUCCCAGACCACAACCGAACUGGAAGGUGUAUGGUGGCCAACGAUCAAAUAGACUGAGAAAUACAAACGAUGGUGAUGAGUACAAAGUAUCGGUCGCUAACGGAGUCUUCGUACAGCAAGGUUUCUCCAUUCGUCCGGACUACCAAAGUGCCGUGCUCAAUGUCUACAAAAGCAAUAUGAAAAGUCUGGACUUUACUAGGGACAGCCUCUAUGCAACGAAAUACAUCAACGAUUGGGUUAACGAGAAAACAAACGGAAGAAUUCCAGAAAUCGUUAACUUCUUCCAACCGGAUACUAAAGUGGUUCUUGCUAGUGCACUGUACUUUAAAGCUAUGUGGGAGACAACGUUCAUUGAAGGAGCUACUGGACUCAAAGACUUUUACCCAGAUGGUCUCGGCACCACACCGAUCAAAGUACAGAUGAUGGCUCACGGCGGCACUUUUCCAUUCUACGACGCUGUCGAAUACGACUGUCGAAUCUUAGCGUUGCCAUAUCGCCGAAAUCUGUCCACAAUGUACAUUAUCUUGCCAAACAAUUCCAGCCGGAGUCGAUUGCGUCAAUUGCAGUCCUAUCUAACCGCUGACAAGAUUGAAGACAUGAUCUCAAAAAUGGAAUGGAAAACGUCGAUCAUUCUGUUCCCGAAGAUGCACAUCAGUAACAAGGUUGACUUGAAGAAAACGUUCGAGAAAAUGGGGCUGCAUUCGCUGUUCGACGAACGACGCAGUGAUCUAUCGCUGAUAUCGAAUGGGCAGGACUAUGGGAAUGGUAACUACUACAACGAACAGAAGCCUAUUCAACCGGUAUUCGCACCAGUGGCACCAGUGGCCCCACUAUCGUCUGGCUUUACAACGGCAGGUAAUGGCUUUUCAGGGCAUGACUACACGGCAAGUCUAUUCGAGCACAAUAAAUUCGCUGCUGGCGGUUAUUCGCCGGUUCGAGACGAUGACGAUGAACCAUUCUUAUUUUCGCGACAUGGUGAAGACGAAGAAGCUGAUAACGCCACGUCCACCGAGCCACCGAAAAGUGAUGCCGUAACGAAAGCCGAUGAGGAGAAAAAAUCAGAACGACGAAAACGGAACGUCGUCAGCUACAAAGUUCCAAGCGGACUGAAGAAUGAGCCCACGUUAACAUUCAAAGACUACAUUCUCUCCAAGCGCAUCGUAAAGGGAAAUGCGGAUAAGAAACGUUUGCGACAGCGUCGUCAAAUCGAUCCGUCCGCGAGCCUGAAGAAUUUGGACCGAUUGCGGACGGAAUUGUCACAAGCACCUGGUCAGAAUCCGGGUCUAUUUGCUACCGAAAUAUUGCAUAAAGUCGAUCUGACAGUAAAUGAGAAAGGAACGGAAGGCGGAGCGGCGACCAUCACCACUUUAUACCGUACUGGUACGGAUGUGAUAUUCCGUGUCGAAACACCAUUCAUAUUCAUCGUGCGUCACGAUGACACUAAGUUACCAUUGUUCUAUGGAACCGUUGUGGAACCAACCAAUUGAAAUUGAAAUUAAAAAUAAAUUUUUCUCUCGAAUGGGAAUGUUCGGGC